UAUAUCGAUAUGAUUGCUUCAUACAUUUCCUGGUAGAAUGCAAUAUUCGUAGGAAAGUUAAAUGAAUUUUAACAUGUUAAACGUUACUAAUUUUGGGAAGUAGUAAAUUCAUAAAUAAUGUCUGCGUUACAGUUUGUAAUACAACCUUUACCGGGUUCAGAAGAGCAAAACAUUGAAAGGCUUCGAGAAGUAUCUGAUAAACUUAAUAGGUUUGGUUUUGCUACACAUCGAAUAUUUGAACAACUGAAAAUACCAGUUAAAGAAAUUGCAAUCGGUCCAAGCCAUAUUGGUAUUCUCUUAGAAGACGGCAAGGUUUUUCGAGCAGCUUUUUCUAUUAAUCCUGAUCGCAUUGACCUUAGCAGGAUCGAUAACAACAAAAAUAAUACAAAUAACAGUCCUAAUGUGUCUACCGGCUCAAAAAACGUCGCCUCGUCUUCUCGACAACUAGCGCGCUCAAGAGCACGUCUUAUGCGAACUACCGCGAGGUCCGGAUCUGGAAAUCAAAGCACAGGUUCUCGCAGUACUGGAGUAAUUAUUGGAAAUGGUUCGUCUAGUCGGCCAAUUGUUACAGUGCCUGCAACUUAUGUUCCUGAGGAAUUAAUUUCCCAAGCUGAGGUUGUUCUACAGGGUAAAAGCAGAAAUCUAAUAAUAAGAGAGUUACAGAGGACUAAUUUAGAUGUCAACUUAGCAGUGAACAAUUUACUUUCUCGAGACGAUGAGGAAGCCGAAGACACGGAAGAAGCGGGUGAUAACUAUGUUCCAGAAGAUUUAAUAUCGCUUCUCGACAAUGGUUUUCAUGGAGAUAAUAACAGUGUGAUAAUAGAUCCCUCGGAUGGACUCUUUUCGGAAGAAAUAUUUAGCAAUUAUUCCAGCAUACGCAACUUAUUAUUUGAUCGAAUACGUAAUGAAAGAAACCAGGCUAGUUCUAGCAAUUCGGAAAAUCAAUUAAGGUCGUCUCCUAGUUCAAAUGGAUUACUUUCUGGGAAUAAUAGUUUAUCUGCUCAAAUAUCUUCUGUGAGCGUUGAUCGCGAAGCAUUUAGUCGUUGGAGAGACCGUCAAUAUUAUGGACCUCGGCGUUGGCUAAACAAAGAUGAUUAUGUGUGGGAUAAUAAUGGAGACUUAAAAAAGAAAGAUACACCCUCCAGCUCUCCAAUUUGGAUCUCAGAAGAAUUACAACCCUGGGCAGAUCAAAAUAGCAUCAAAUUCAAAAAAAUUGGAGCAUUAUAUUCUGAGUUAAUUGCUCUUUCAGAAAAUGGAGAGCUCCAUCAAUGGAAAUGGUCAGAAUCGGAGCCCUAUAAAUCAGAGAUGGAUAAUGUUUACCAUUCAAAAACUUUGAGCUUGAAUAUAACGGAAAAGGUCGAACAGAUUUCUGCAAAUUUCAUUCGUUGUUCAGUAGUAACAGAGAGUGGGCGUGUUGCUACCUGGAUGGACGAUUAUUUAGGAUACUUGGGUGGUAAACUUGAACAUCCGACAAUAAUGUUUAAUGAAUUUGUUAUGGAUCCAAUUGCAUCGAUUCAUGUUUGCCCCUUAUAUACCGCUGUAAGGACUGAAAACAACAAUAUUUAUUGGUGGGGUGUAUUGCCUUUUGAUCAACGUCGUUAUUUGUGGGAUAAAUUUCGGACAAAGACUAAAAAGCCAUUUAAAUCGGUAGCCUCUGAUAUAAGUGUUGGAACACAAGUGAUAAUGAAAAAAUGUCCUAUUUAUCAAGCAGGCUCUAUUGGUUUUACGUGUUUUAAUGGUUUGCCAAAGAUCGGCCAGCUACAAAACUCUGUCUGGGACCUUACCGAUGUUUGCAGAUUUAAGAUAAUAAACUUAACGGCACAACCGAGCGUUGAAAAAACUCAACUUUCUUGCAGUUCAGUAAAUACAGAAAAAGAUUACAUAAAAGUUCAUAUAUCAUCCACUGUUAAUACGCCGUCAGGCAAUAGUAAAACACUAAGCUCUACCAAAGAAUCUACCGAUCGAAUUGAUAUGCCACCACCACCUUCACCAGCAUCAAGUACAUGUAGUGAUACUAGUAGUGUAACUUCACAUAAGAGAGCAAAGAGAAUGGCUACGAAAGACGAUGUUGAAAAUAAGAAAGAUGAAGAAUUGUGGCAGCUAAGGGAUGUUGUUUUUGUGGAAGAUAGGGUCGGCCCAAUUGGAAAAGUAUUAAAAGUUGACGGUGAUUUUGUUGCAGUACGUUUUCCCAUUUCUACAACAUCUUCAAAUGGUUCUGCUUGUAGCAAUGGUGGUGAAGGAAAAGACGACGAUUGGCAACAGUGCAGACUUUUACGUCGCGAAGAUGUUCAGGUUUACAAAACUAAUAUGGCAUCACGCGGACCAGAUUGGCUACAAAAGCUUCCUAGAAAAGUGAAUAUAAAUAAUUGCAAUGAAUCAACUGGAUUUCAAUUAUUAGCAAUGACUAUAGACGUUCGUGGAAUUCAUGUUUUAAAAAAAGAGGGAUGUAAACUUUUUUACUCUUUGUUUAAUUUAUAUAACAGCAAACAAGAACAAAUUUGUCAAUUUCCUACUGAAAGUACAUCCUUUUUGGGAGUGAAUCCCAAUAAUAUCAGCAUUAUUUGUAAUAAUGAUAGUAGUAGCGGUGCCAGCAAUAUUUUAGUAUGCGAUGGAAACCGGGCUCUUUACCCAAUCGCCAAAGAUUGCUUGGGGUCCAUAAAGGAUCCUCAAUGGCUCGAUUUGCCACCAGUGAAACAAGUUUCAGUUGGAGUGAUACCUUUUUCUGGCACAGGAAAUGUUAAGUCUAAACUAAGUUUAACAGUACUGAAUUUCGAAUCCCAAUUGCUUAUGCCCCAUAUUUUGAGAUGUGAUAUUAAAAAUGCAUUUUCCAUACUCAGUCGCCUGGAAAAAGACGAAGGCAAUGAAAUUGGUAUAGUAAUAGAAGAGCGUUGCGAUAGUGGUCGUAAUAUUUUUCACGCAUGCGUUACCAUGUGUGCACCAACAUCAAACAGAGAAGCAGAUGACAAGAAAUCUUUGUCUGGGCUUAUUAGAUCAACCCCGUUAGCCAAUACGGUUUUGUCCAAUUGUUCAAACCUUUCAACACAUUUAGAGACAAAUAAUACUGCUUCGGCUACGAAUGUUGCAGCAUCCUCAAGUCCCGCUACACCACCAGUUAAUAUGAGAGAAAAUCGCUCUGUGAGCCUGCGAGAAAUGAUGAAUAACUUAAUUAGCACUGAAUCAGAACAGAACCCAGUGCAAAGGAUGGAGUCGGUUGAAGAACAUCUCUAUGUUCCGCAGUGGACAUUAGAGGGAAGUAAUACAAGUCAAACUCUAACUGACGGUACGAGUGGCCAGAACGAUGAAGAAAUUCUGAAAAAUAAUGCACGCACUGUUCUAAAUGCGAAUUCCUCAGUAACAAGUUCGAUACCAAAUUAUAUUUUGGACCCUAUGCAGCGUCGAGAACAUGCGAUUUUGAUUUUGCAACAAAUGUGCUCAUCGGUAACGUUUCUUCCAUAUUUACAUCAAAUGCUCAGUUUCAAGGACUCUCAAGGCCGAACUCCGUUCAUGAUAUCUGUAUAUACUCGUGCUUAUGAAGCUGGUAUAAUACUUCUAAACACAAUUUUGUCGUUGUCAGAAAGAGAUGCUUCUCUUAAGAACUCUAUGAUAUUUCCAUCAGGUUCUCCCCCGGAUCAGUCUCCUCUUUACGUUAUAUGCUACAAUGAUACAUGUUCUUUUACAUGGACUGGAGCUGACCAUAUUAACCAGAACAUUUAUGAGUGUAAAACAUGUGGUUUGACGGGAUCGCUGUGCUGUUGCACAGAAUGUGCACGUGUUUGCCACAAAGGUCAUGAUUGUAAAUUAAAACGAACGUCUCCAACCGCAUAUUGUGACUGCUGGGAGAAGUGCAAAUGUAAGGCUCUUAUAUCUGGAAACCAAAAUAAACGUUUUGCACUUCUAUGUAAAUUGGCAUCAUGUACUGAUUUAGUCACUAGAUUUAAUUCCAAAGGAGAAUCGAUUUUAUUAUUUUUAAUACAAACUGUAGGUCGGCAGACCAUAGAACAGAGACAAUACAGGGCAAAUUCUCGUGUUAGAAAUGUAGGCAGUAGUGCAUCAAGCGGUACUGCUCGUAAAUCUUCAACUAUUGAUCUAGAACCCGAUAUGCCAGAACAUGAUCUGGAACCACCGAAAUUUGCAAGAAAAGCUCUUGAGCGAUUACUUAUUGACUGGAAUGCGGUUAGAGCAAUGAUAAUGACUGGUGCUGAAAAAAUUGAAAAACAUCAACUGAACUCAGCCGAUGCUUUGAACGCAGAAGCUUACAAUAUAUUUCUCAAAAAUCAACAAGGAUCUACAUUACUGGAUAAAUUUACACACAACUUAUUUGUUAAGUGUAGUGGAGAUCAUUUGGAUACACUUUUGAUGACAUUAGUUCGUGAAAUGCAGGAUGAGACUACAGCUGGCCGCAAACAAGAUGCAGAAGUAGUUGCUCGCCGGUUUAUCCGAUCUGUUGUGCGAGUCUUCGUAAUUUUUAGCUUAGAAAAAAUGCCCAAUCCGGAAAAGAGAAAGUCAAGCUUGACAUCGAACAAACAUAUUCAAAGCUGCAUUAAAGUUUUUCAGACCCUAUAUAAAAUAUCUAUUGAAGAAUUGUGUGAAGUAUCGGAAUCACUCAUUGCUCCUGUACGACUAGGUGUUGUUCGGCCAACGGCUCCGUUUACGAUGUCAUCCACAUGCAUAGAUACUUCAGAUGACUUAUUUAGCGUAGAACCUCUUGCUCCGUCAUCUACAACAGAUACAUUAGCUGAACCAGAACUAAAUUCGGAACAUCCUGCUACAGUUGGAUAUACGAUUCAACCAAAUUUCUCAAUUGAUAACAUUGAUGUUUUGCGAGAUGCUCAUGAGAGUGAAGAAACGAUUAACAGGGGAAACAGUAACCAUGGUCAGGAGGAAGAUGUUAUGGACUCUGGUCGAAAUGAAGAGAUUAUUCAGGAUGAUGAAAGUGAUAACGAUUUUCCUUUUAACGACCCGGAAACAGAAUCUGAUUCCGAUGACAACCAAAGUAAUCAAGACGCACAAAGAAGCGUACAAACUGGUGCUACAGUUGGUUCGGAGACAGAUAUUGGUGUGCUUUUUCUCGAAGACGAAUCUGGUGAUUCUUCCCCUCAGGAAGAAGAAGCAUCUGAAGAUGGGGAAACAGAUGAACAUUCUGAUGAAUUCAGUUUCGCAGAUCAUCAAUUGGAACGACGAAAUAAUAGCAGUAGUACGCGUGGUGAGCUAGCUCCACAAUCUAUGCAAUGGGCAAUUCGCAACAGAGACGCAACUCGAUCUUCUGUUCGAGUACCCGCAGGCUCAAAUUUAGUUUUUAUUGAUCCCAUGGCCCUACGACGUUCUACUGUGCCAACAAGCUCUACGGUAACUGUGCCACCGCAAGAACAACACACUAUGGCAACAACAGCAAGCAACUUGGCCAGAGCAUUCGGAAUAAUUGUUCGGCAAAUAUCAGACCUGCUUAACAGUUAUGCAUACCAACUUACAACUGAUGUUGAAAAGCUUACAUAUAAAAAACAAAUAGAAGAAGCAGCUCAAAUUCAGUUAAAUGUUGAACAACGACUAAAGUCAACUUGGAAUUGGAUGUACUCUAUAAUGGAUGGGACAGAACCUCAGCUAAAAUUCGGGACCUAUCUUGCUAACUACACUGAUCCAGCUCAUCCUCUUCAUCCCCUUAAUGUGAACACCCAGAAUGUUUCUAACCAAUCUACCUCAUCAGCCGCUGGAGUCAAUAUGAUAGGGUCAUCGAGCCGACGGGAUUUUUUUACAUAUUGCUUAUCUUUGAUGAGAGCUCAUACUUCGGAACAUCGUGAUGCGCUGCCUGUCUUGGAUAUAACAGCAUUUCGUCACAUAGCCUAUGUAUUUGAUGGAUUUAUUUAUUACAUGCGUAAUAGUUCCAGUUUUUAUGAAGGAACUGACCAAUUUGUAAAUGAUAAUGAUGAUACAGACGACGAGUUUUCUAAUGUAGCAAACGAAGAUAUGUAUCUUGACCGUAAUUCUUCUACAGCCACUGCUACACCAUUAUCAGCAACAACUCGACGACAUUCGUUUUUUGUUCGAUCAGAUUCAACUCUAAGUCUUGGUUGUUUGGCACCAGAAAGUUUUGACCUACCGCUGGAUGUAGCGAUUCCUCUCGCUGAUAAACCGCAUCUCCUUCAACCAAAUUCAAAGAGGGAAGAAUUGUUCGCCAAUUUGCCGUUGCUAACACCUGCAGUUGAUAAUAUAGACGGGACUCCAACAAAAUUGGGAUUUUCAAGUAACAAAUCAGUGCCACAAAGUAUACAAAAGAUGGAAGAAAGUUGGGGAAUAGACAAAAACCCAAGAGGCGAAAAUAUACAACCAAUGGAUACGGACGAAAUCAUAUCUGGAGCCGAAACUCAACAAAAUGUAUUUAAUUCAGUAAUAACCAGUCGUCCAGAAGUUAUUAUUAUUCCAAAUAAAAUGCAACGCUUGGAAGAGGAAGAUAAUGCCCAGUUUUCAAAUUCCUUGUCAACAUCACCAGCACGCAGUGUUAUUGUACGCGCUAGUACAGUAGCCAAAAAAUCGGAGAGUGAAAAAAAUAACGUACGAUUGAAUUUACGCACAAACAUUAGCUUUCCUCCUCGUGGAAUCAACUUCUGUCACCAAUUUUCAUCAAAUACACCGUCUUGGAAUUUUCUACUAGGACGAUGGAAAUUAACUUUAGAUUUGUUUGGCAGAGUAUUUAUGGAUGACGUAGGUAUGGAACACGGGUCGCUCUUACCAGAAUUACGUGGAUUUCCUGUUAAGGAGAUCCGUUUUAGAAGGCAUAUGGAAAAACUACGUAAUGGACAACAACGCGACCUUAUUCUAUGUAAAUUGGAGCGGAAUCGUGAAUGCUUAAUAAUUCAAACAUUUAAAGAGCUGAAUGCACAAUUCGGGAGUCAAACAAAACGAGCUCAAACUCCUUUGACUUUUAAUAGAGUUAAAGUUACGUUUAAGGACGAGCCUGGAGAAGGAUCUGGCGUUGCACGCAGUUUUUAUACAUCAAUUGCCGAAGCUUUAUUAGCUUCGGCUAAAAUGCCAAAUUUAGAAUCUACUCAUAUUAAUAGUAAAUAUGGAGCUCCAUUUUCAAGUAUUUUACGCAAUCGAGGCGUAUCUAACCGUGAGCCCCCUUCGUUACAGAGACGUACGGCAGGAAAUAAAAUAUUUUGGCGAACUUCACGUGAAAAAAAAAUGCUUAAUUACGAUGCCAGACCUUAUUUACCGACUUCAAACAACACAGAUAAUUCAGUGGAUAACCCGAACGACCACCUAUCUGUUCAUUUACAACAGCUUGGCGAAAGACUUUUUCCAAAGAUAUAUUCUAUAAAUACCACAAAUGCGUCAAAAAUAACGGGCAUGCUGCUUGAAAUACCAACUCCACAAUUACUUUCUAUUUUGUCUUCAGAGGAUUCAUUAAGGCAAAAAGUUAACGAAGCACUUGAUAUAAUAUCAUAUAAACAAAAAUCUGAAGCAAAUACUACAUUGAAUCAAACUCAAAAGAAAAUGAUACCAGUGGUAUUACUUGAGCAGUGCCAAAUUGAAGAUAAUGAACCUUUAUUUUAUUCCCCUGGCAAACGAGGAUUUUACACACCAAGACAAGGGUAUGGUUCAUUUGAGCGUAUAAACGCGUUCAGGAAUAUUGGGAGAUUAAUCGGAUUAUGUCUUUUGCAAAAUGAGUUGCUUCCACUUUUCUUGCAACGUCAUGUUUUGAAAUUCAUACUUGGAAGAAAAAUUAAAUUUUACGAUUUGGCAUUUUUCGAUCCAACAAUAUACGAGUCGUUCCGACAACUUAUACAAAAUGCCCAGUCCCAAGAUGGCGAUGCGAUAAUACAACGUAUGGAGCUAUUUUUUGUAAUCGAUCUCAUGAAAGAAGAAGGAGGAGGAAGUGUCGAAUUGAUACCGGGUGGGCGCGAAAUUCAAGUUACAUGCCAGAAUCUUUUUGAAUAUUUAAGGCGCUACACAGAAUAUAGAUUGAUUAAAUCUCAGGAGAAAGCUUUAGAGGCAAUAAGAGAUGGAGUUUUUGAUGUCCUCCCAGACAGUUGUAUGAACAGCUUAACUUCUGAGGACUUACGACUACUAUUAAAUGGUGUUGGAGACAUAAAUGUAUCUACAUUAAUAUCAUACACUACAUUCAAUGAUGAGUCCAGUGAGGGAUCUGAUAAAUUACUGAAGUUCAAAAGAUGGUUUUGGAGUAUUGUGGAAAGAAUGAAUACUUCGGAGCGCCAAGAUUUGGUAUAUUUCUGGACUGGUUCACCCGCUCUUCCAGCCUCAGAAGAUGGAUUUCAACCGCUACCUUCAGUAACAAUUAGACCAGCGGAUGAUUCACAUUUACCAACAGCUAAUACAUGUAUAUCAAGGUUGUAUAUACCUUUAUAUUCAAGCAAAACUAUUUUACGGAGCAAAUUGCUUAUGGCUAUUAAAUCUAAAAAUUUUGGCUUCGUAUAAAUUUAACGUUAAGAUAUUAAGUACAGUUAAAUAUGCUAACUCCGUAACUUAAUAAAUCGUUUUGUUAUUUUCAACGAGAGUUUUAUUGACUAUAAGAAUAAAUAAAAUUUGUUGUAUAACUGA